UGCGUGCCUCAUAAUACACAAAAAUUUCCAUUUUACUUGGGUCCACAGAUGGCGGGUGAGAAGAAGGCAGGUGAUAAAAAGGCAGGUGAGAGUAAACCAGGUGAGAAGAAGGCAAGCCAGAAGAAAAUACGCGAGAAGACAAGGAAGCCUAAGAAGCAUCAUGCCAGCCGCAACCCUGUACUGGCCCGGGGAAUCGGGAGGUAUUCCCGGUCAGCUAUGUAUGCCAGAAAAGCAAUGUACAAGCGCAAGUACACUGCUCCAGAAACAAAGAUAGAAAAGAAAAAGAAAGAAAAGCCACCUGCAACCAUCACCAAACCAGUUGGUGGAGAUAAGAAUGGAGGCAGCCGUGUGGUUAAAGUCCGCAAAAUGCCAAGAUACUAUCCAACUGAGGAUGUUCCUCGCAAACUUUUGAGUCAUGGCAAAAAGCCCUUUUGUCAACACAAGAGGAAGCUGCGUGCCUCUAUUACUCCAGGAACUGUUCUGAUCCUUCUGACUGGUCGUCAUAGAGGCAAGCGUGUGGUCUUCUUGAAGCAGCUUGCUACUGGCCUGUUGCUUGUUACAGGACCCUUGGUUAUCAACCGUGUUCCUCUGCGUAGGGCCCAUCAGAAAUUUGUUAUCGCUACAUCUACCAAGGUUGAUAUCACUGGAGUGAGAAUUCCCAAACAUCUUACUGAUGCAUACUUUAAGAAGAAGAGGCUGCGUAAGCCCAAGCACCAGGAAGGCGAGAUCUUUGACACUGAAAAAGAAAAAUAUGAGAUAACGGAGCAACGCAAGUCAGACCAGAAGGCCGUGGAUUCACAGAUCCUGGCAAGAAUCAAGAAGGUGCCUCAGCUCCGUGGGUACCUGCGGUCUACAUUUUCUCUCUCAAAUGGAGUUUAUCCUCACAAAUUGGUGUUCUAAUUGUUCUGAAAACACCGCAUUAAAUUUGAGGGGAAAAAUGCAAGAAUUUCUGGUGUCUUCAUUGCAGUUCACAGUAGUGUGUGCUGUGCAAAUCCUACGUGCAGAUCCCCUAAAGAAUAGGAAAACUGUGGUGUGAAGUAGUGAGACACUGUAGGUAACCAGCGUUUUGAGUGGAUGAGAUUUUGCUAGUUAGCAUAAACAGUAAAGAAUGAGCAGUUGAAUUUCAGAUUCCUUAACUAUGAAUAAGUUCCCGAUGGAAAAUCCUUUUUUGGUAAUAGAGUAUAUACAAAGGCUCGAUUAACUCUCCAUCAUGAUGAAUUGCAGAAUAAACAUCUAGCUCGGCUGUUGUGCUAAUGUAGUUCUCUGCACCCUUAAUGCUGUUUGUACCUUAUGCUUCAGGUAUCUUGCAUGAAGAACUAAGUUUUAGCAACAAGCCACCACUGUGUAACUCUUUAGCAUUUUAAAGAAUAUAUACAAUUUCGAGAUGGCAUCUUUGAACAGCUUUGAUCUGUCCAUCUAUGAACAACCUCAGCAAACCUUUUAGAGGCAUUUCUAGAGCUAUGCCUUGCAUUUUGAAGUAGGAACACUGUGGAUACUCCCAAGUUUUGCGGAUAACUGUUUAAUGUUCCUGGAAUCAUAACAGUACUUGGAAUGCAACUCCCCUCCCAAAUGCUGUAUUUUUCCUGCUCUUUGGUUACCUUUGUGGGCUGUAGCGCUUGUAGUUAGAAAAAAGAAUACCUGCCACAGCAGUACCUGCUUAGAGCAAAAACCAAGAGCAUGAUUCUUAAUUCUGUACUUUCAGAAAUGAGUUAAAAAUAAAAACUGUCAAAGGCAAGCCUGCUUCUACCCUGGGAGACUUGGGGGGAAAAAUUGCUCAGUUGAGACUCACUGCCUUUAAAAACUAGCAGAAAGUGAGAAAGUUAGUCCUGUCUGGUUCCUUCCUCUGGGAACAGUUCAGAUAUCUGCAAGAUGACACCUUGGUAGCAAUAGCUCUGCUCUUACAAAAACUAAGGAUGUACAUAUUAACAGAUCUGGCGCACUUGAGCUCGCUCUUAGCCAGGCUUAUGCAGGAAACAAGGCUUAUAUAACUGCACCAUCUGUCUUCCCAUUAAUUCUUAGUUGAAAGUAGCCAACGGGGUCAAACUUGAUAGAGUAGAGAUUUCAUCAAAAUCAUACAAGCUUCAUGAAAAGAAGGGCUAGAAAAGGGAGGGGAAAGCCUGCAACAUGUCACAUACUAGCCACCAGAGCAUUCAAAGGGAAGGAGGGGUCAGGCUGCCUGUGCUCCAGAGCUGAUGAAACAAGACAGACAGCUGCAGAAUACUUGGCUGAGUGGAUUCUCCCACUUGAGAGGCAGCGGUUGUCUUCUAGCUAGCGCUGGCUGGCGUUAAGACAGUGUAGAAGUAUAAAGCACUGAUCACCCUUCCAACCAUCUUCCUCUUGAUGUUUCAGAUUUAAUGUUAGUGUGGUGCAGCAGAGGGAGCCAACGAGCAGGCUCUGUCCAAAUGCGUAACAACUGGCCUGCCAGUUGGGGGUAUGUGUCAUGCUGCUCUAUGCUAGGUUCUGCCUUGUGCUCUGGGAAGAUGUUCUUUCAUUUAUUUAUCUUUCAUGGUCCUCAGACCUACGUGAUGAAUUGCAUCUUCUGUUGUAUGUGGUUUGGUGGAUAACGGGUAUAGUCAGAGGUUUCUUAAGUUGAGAGAUUCUACUGCGGUGAGGGGACUGGCUUGUUUACAUAAAUCAACCCUAAAAA